ACUGCGCAGUCCAAUGCUAAUGGUUUCGUUUUCUCGUGGCAAGGAGUGACGAAAUGUUGUGUGAUUUGUUUUCCGCAUCUGUGCAGGUUUUGGCCAUCGUUGACCGCAAAUAGACGUUCGCGAGUUGUAUUCCAACCAUCCCACGGCCCUUUGGUGUGUGCGUUUUUGUUUGGAGCGCACCUGUUUCGCCCCCCGUCAGUCAAAGGAGGCCGUUCUGUUUAUUGUCUCCCGAGGGCAAAUCUCGAAAGCCUGCCGCACCGUAACAGCAACAGUUCCCAUUUCCCUGUGUGUUGGACGAAGAAAGUGCACUGAGUGAACAUUCGGCUUCGAUGCCCGCGAUUGGGGUGGCGGAAAACGUGUAAUUCGCCCAUUUACGCCUCACGCCUUCGUGUCACUUCGUUUGCGUAAGCAGCACUCGCGUGAAGUUGUUGUUGUUGUUGUUGGGAAUCCCGCUCGUGUGCGUGCGUUGCGUGUUUUUGUUCGCUGAUCCCGCGUGUUGCAUGUUGGCGGAACAAUGUCCUACCGCAUUCUACGCAAGCUACAGGGCAAUGAGCUGGAGAUAAAGGAGCAAAUUGAUGAGGUGUCGGACGGUGGCGAUGCUGAUUACGACACCAACAGCACCAGCAGCCAGAACCGCAACAGCAAGAAGCAGCUGAACAUUAAUCGAUACGAUCUGCUGAACCAACAGCAAUCGUUCUCGGAGAGCGAAGUGAAGGAGGACGAUAACGACGAGACGGAAAAGGAUGCGGCCGAUGGUACGGUGAGCGUGCACUUGGCCGAGGCCAAGAAGCGCAAAAAGAAGAAGAAGAAGAAGACGGGAAAAUACAUGUCCAGUUCGGCGCGGCGCAGCAGCGAAGACAACGCGGACAUCGAAGACGACUUCACGCGUACCGUCAAGGAGGUGGACAAACUGUUUGGCCAUUUUCCGUCGCGCGAUGCCGACCACCAUCGACCGGCGCACGAUGGAUCGACGAAAGCAUCGGCCCUGGCCGGAUUGGCCACCAAGUCGCUGCUCAACGUACAGCACAAAAACUUGAAUCCACAGUACGAGAUGAAGCGCAUGUUCGGCAGCAAAGUGGUCGGCGAUCAACAAAACAAGCGGCGCAACGUAAGGGGUGGCUCACGGCUGCUAAAGUCUACCUAUCUCGUGAAUGCAAAGGAUAAUUGGCCGUCAGUCGGGAAAUCGGGCAUCUACAUGAAUCUUGUGCAGGCCCCGGAUGUUGGUUCGUCGUCAUCGACCGCGACCGGUCCGAAAGCGAUUCUCGACAAGAACGUCAUCUACUUCGCAUUCGAGCACAGCCCCGCGUACCGGCAGUUGCAGCAAAAGUUUCUCGAUGCCGUCGAAACCAUGGACUCGGAGAACAUUAUCCGGGUCAUUAAGCAGCACCCGUACCAUGUGGACUCGUUGAUACAGAUGAGCGAAUUGUGCACGAUGUCGGAGGACCACGCGAUGUCGUCGGAGUUGAUCGAGCGGGCCCUGCUGGCCCUCGAGUCGUCCUUUCAUACCAUGUUCAGCUUGACGCAGGGAAACUGCCGUCUAGACUAUCGGCGGCAGGAGAACCGGGCCCUGUUUAUUGUUUUGUUCAAACACGCCCAGCAUCUUGAGUCGCGGGCCUGCUCUCGAACUGCGCUCGAAGUCGCCAAGUUGAUACUCUCCCUCGAUCCCGUCAACGAUCCGCUGGCGAUGAUACUGAUCGUCGACUACUAUGCGAUCCGUGCCAAGCAGUACGAGUGGUUGGUCAAUCUGUACGACGAAUGGGAGGCGACGAACAAUCUGUCGCAGCUGCCCAACAUGGCGUACGCGUCCGCAUUGGCACUAUUUUACCUGAACCGUUCGGAAGAGGCCGAUAAGGCGCUGCAGUACGCGCUGCUCAUGUUUCCGGGCGUGUUGCGUCCGCUGAUGGAAGAACUUUCGAUACAGGCCGAUUCGCGGAUGUCGGGCCACAAUUAUUUCGGUCCGAACGCGUACAACAAGGCAUCGGGUGCGCUGCAGCAACUGAUGUCGCUGUACGUGUGUCGCUCGAAACUGGUGUGGCGUGAUUCCAAUCUUUUGCCAUGGCUCGAGCGUAACGUACACACGGUUCUGGAUCGGGUUGACGCGAAGGAGGACACCGUGGCCGACUACGCUACCAAGCGUAGUCAAAGGUAUGCCAACCCGCCCAGGCAGGUGCUUCGUCACGUAGUGCUGUCCGACUUUAUGGAAAAGGUUCCCCUAGCACAGUUUAUCAAGCUGGAACGGGAACCGGUCUUAAUGUAUGAUCCCCUGCCUCCACUGGAUACGGUCAACAUCUACACCAGGCCAACAAUAUCUACCCCGGAUCAACGAUUAUCGAACCAUCCGGUGCAUCUGUUCCUGCAGUCUUUACUUCCAAGUUUCAACGUUCAACCGCAACGUCAAGUUCAACCUCCGCCACUCCAGCAGCUACCUAUGGUGGAUCCUGCCCCGGCCAACGUUGCAGCAGCCCUUCCCGAGGCUGCCAACAAUGCACCGGGCAAUGCAACGGCACGUGACCUAAUGAGCCUGCAAGCGUACACGAGCGGGCUGAACACGAUCGUGGACGCCAUGCGCGAGUUCCUGUCCGGCAUGCGGGCUCUCGAGCGUCCAAACGAUGCGGACGUGGACGAAGCGGAAAGCACGGAAGGGGACGAACCGAAUGACUAUCUGACAUAAACCAUCAACGUAAGGUAGGAACCGGUAACGGUACGAUAACGAAAGACUUAUAUUUUGCACUCUGUUUAUGCCCUGGCUUCAAAAUCAUCCCUUCCCAGAUAUGGGCCAGAUAUAUCGUGAAAGGUAAAUCGAACGUUUGGCAAAACAUACAGUAAAACAUGCGCUGUGGAAUGGCAACGGCCGGUAAUAUUUAGUCACUAGUUAAUAGCUUUAAGCUCGGCUACGUUCGUGUUGUUGUUUUCUCUCAACCUUUCAUUAUGUGGCGCCUUUCAUUCGUCUGCUUGUUAUUCAAUGUUUAUCCCUUCGCGAGGAAAUUAUGCUGUGCAUUUCCCCUGGUGAGUGGAUCGUGUUGUAAGUUAUUUAAGCUGGAUGAAUAGUUAGGAAGUGUUUAUUUCUUCAAAAAAUAUAAUGAUACACAAAACAUAAACGGCUUGGCCGGUAAUAAAAAAGUAACUAUUCACAGAAUCGUAAGUGUCUCGGGGCGGUUGGCUUUCGACAAAAAGUUGGACCCGUAAAACGUUUUCACCAUUUAAGAUCGCAUUGUUAAAGAAGUUGGAGAUUUCCUGCAUUCACCUGCAUGGAUAACAAACAUUGUAUUUUGUGCUUCAGUUAGUGAACAGACACUUUCAAAGCAUAGCCAAAUUCCUGAGACAUCAAUAUCAUUUCCUGCUAUCCGUGUUUGGUACCAAAGUGGACGGUGUUCAUAAAGCAUACGAUACAACGGUUGGCAAUCUUCCUUCUCUAACAUAUUUAGAAUACAAAUAAUUGUGUGUAUCUGUUUGCAAGCUGAAUGGGGAGAUAGAAAUGUAAUACGUAGCUCAGAGUGAUUCUUUCUGUGGCGCUUUGCUUGUACCACUUCUUUUGCACCGAGAUAUGACAAUGAAAAGUAAUGUGCGAAGGUGCCAACUAUCACGGCACGAAUGCGCAAAUCGUUUCAGUUCUGUGGGCCCCAUUCGCACAUGCCAGUACUGGCGAGGCAAUCACAAUAUGAUAUGUGCACAAUCAGCUCCAGAAGUCAGCAAGUUUUACCAUUAUUUGCCACUACAUUUGACCGGCUGCACUGCAAUAUUCCAGCAACGAGUUUCCUCGAGUUUUAGAAGCAAACCAUUUUUUACUUACCAUAAUAGCAUCAUAGCGAGAACGAUAAUAUGCGGGCGGAGGAUUAUAGUGACAAACACGGCGAGUGCGUGACCGAGUGACAACACACAAGUUGACCCCGGAGGAGUAACGCAAACCAGAUAAGCACGUUCAGGGAGCGCGGUGAAACCGGAUCGCGGCGGUGGCACACAGUCGUGACAGAGAAGCACAUGGUUAAAAAAUAGUGCACAUAACGAGCGGUAUAUUUUGAUGAAACUUUAAUACUACUUCCUACGCUCAGCAGCACAACUUUGGAGAGUGUGUUUGUUGGAGAACUGCGAAAGUCAGCGUUCACACCGUAACAUCUGACGUAAUGGUAUCAAACUAAUAACAAAACGGUCAGUAGUGAGGGUUGCGCCUCACAAUCGUGCGCAAUCGACCGGGUGUAAAAAGGGCGAUCUUUUAAUAAAUCAUAAUUAUUGCUGCCUGCUGUGGAACCCGACUGGUGAACAUAGUGAGGACAUAUAUGCAAAACCUACUUGUAAUCUGUUCCCAUUCUUCUUUAUUGUUGUUUGAGGAAGCGAAAAGUGGAAGUAAAAACUCUGGGAAGAUCAAUGGAGCAAACGAUAUCAUGCGGUGUAGGUUCGCGGACCCAGAGCCAGAUAAAGCGGGGUACGAGUUAAACGGUUAAUGCCUCCAUACCCUAUAAUAUGAAUGUUUACGUACAGUGUGAUCCUUGAGGCAAACGAAAAUGAUUAUAAUAAAAUUACAUUCACAUUUUUUCUGCAAACUGAA